GAUAACUUUUGGACAUUGUAUCCACACGUACAUCACUUGAUAAUUAAGUAAAACAAAUGAUAUAAUCACUUUUAAUAUUGACGAGAGGACAUCCAUUUCUAUAAUCAUGAACUCGUUGUUUUUACUAAGCUUGGUAGUUGCUGUGUGUAGUGCUGUAGAUGAUGUUUCAAAUGUACGACAGGAUUUUAAAACAUCAACAAUACAUGCCUUAAACGAACAGAUCGUGAAAGAACUCCAGGCCAGUUAUAUCUACAAGGCAUAUUCCCAGUACUAUGCCAGAGCUGACGUAUCCUUGCCUGGGUUUGCCAAAUUCUUCUCUAAAGCUGCCAAAGAAGAGUCAGAACAUGCAGAGAAAUUGAUGGAUUACCUGAACAUGAGAGGUGGUGAAGUCAAACUUCAAGAUAUAAAGUUGAAUGAUGUAUGUGAUGUGGUAUCGGAAGAAUUGGGAAAACAUUCCGGUAUAGAAAACUCAAGAACAAAAGCAUGUAUGUGUUACUUCAUGGCAAAAUCUCAAACAUGGAACUUGUGUGGGGAUAGAGAUGAUUGGUACAAUGGGUUAAUGGGAAUGGAGGAUGCGUUGGUGUUAGAAAGAUUUGUCAACCAGAAAUUAUUAGAUCUCCACAAAGCUACAGAGAGCGAUGCUCAUCUUUCCCACGUACUGGAACAUGAUUUCUUAGAUGAACAAGUCCAGUCUAUUAAGAGCAUAGGAGACACAGUAAAACAGUUGAGGAGAGUAAAGAAAGGUCUUGGAGAAUAUUUAUUGGAUGAAAAAAUGUAAAAGACUUUGUGUAAAUAAUGGGUGUAUUUUGUGAAUAGAUGUAUUUAUUUUUGUAUUUAAAACAAGAGACAGAAUAUUAUAAAAUACCUUUUAAUUCAGGUUUGAGAUGGAAAAAACUUGUAAAUGUGUGAUGUACCAGUAAGCUUUGAGCUUUAAAUUACAGUGUAUUUGCAAUCUUUUCUUUGGCGAUUUCAAAAUUACUCCUGACUUCUAUGUAUAGCUACUGAAUCUACCAGUGUCUACAUCUGAAUAAUAGGCAGAUCACAUUUUACAGCUAGGUGUUCAAAUAAAGGUUCAAAGGAACAAAAAAAAACACAAUAGGAAACAAUCUUUAUAUUUUGAUGGUGUAAUUUAAAUCUUUAAUAAAACAUGAUGAAAAAC